AGCUACAGAUUUGAUUCGAUUGUGAAUGAAUCAGCACAAAUUAUUCUUUAUAAUAAGACGUAUCCGCUCUGAUCAUUCAGUUGCUUACAAAUAUUUUAGAAAAUUUUUCAAUAUGGUUCGGGUACAAAUUAGUGACGGUAUAUUAGAAGGAGAGGUGACCAACAAUGAAUACGGUGGAAAGAUAUUCAGCUUCAAAGGAAUUCCAUACGCACAACCUCCGCUAGGAGACUUGAGGUUUAAGGCUCCUUUGCCCCCCAAAUCUUGGAACGGAGUGCGAGAUGCUAAGAAGAUAAAAGACCAAUGUUACCAAUAUGAUAGAAUCUUCGGAAAAACGAAUUCAGGAAGCGAAGACUGUCUGUACAUCAAUGUUUUCUCACCGAAUAUAACACCCGCCAAGCCGCUGCCGGUCAUGGUUUGGAUUCACGGAGGAGGUUUUACCAAUGGAAGCGGUUCAGAUGAGAUAUACGGACCAGAUUAUUUAAUAAGAAAUGAUGUUAUCCUUGUUACAUUUAAUUAUAGACUCGAAGUCCUCGGCUUUCUUUGCCUGGACACCGAAGACGUACCCGGCAAUGCUGGCAUGAAAGAUCAGGUAGCUGCACUUAGAUGGGUUCAAAAAAAUAUAAGCAAGUUUGGAGGAGAUCCUAACAACGUUACAAUUUUCGGAGAAAGUGCCGGAGGUGUGAGUGUUUCCUUCCACCUAUUAUCACCCAUGAGUAAAGGAUUGUUUCAGAAAGCCAUACCACAAAGUGGAACCGCUAUAGCACAUUGGCCAACAGGUUUUAUGAUCAAAGAUAGAUCGUUACAAUUAGCUAGGGACUUAGGAUGUACUUCAAAAGACGAAAGGGAAGUGUACAAUUUUUUAAAGUCACAGCCGGUUGAGGCACUCGUUAACCAACAUACAACAGUGACGUAUGCCGAAGCAUAUAAGGAAGCUUUUUUAGUGCCAUAUAGUAUUACUGCAGAAAAACAAUUUGGAAACAAUGAAAGGUUCAUGGUAGCUGAGCCUAUCGAAGUAUUACGUAAUUAUGGCAUACAUGAAGGAGUGGAUAUAAUGGAAGGCUACACAGAAGACGAGGGAGUUGCUUGUUUAGGGUUUGGUCUGAAUGUGCACAAAAUGUUUUUCGAGGCUAAUAAAUAUCCAGAGUUUUUCGUACCAAGAUCAAUAUCUAUACAUUGUCCGCUUAUCGAUCAAAUGGAAGUAGGUAAAAUGAUAAAGAGUCAUUAUUUGAAGGAUGAAGACGUUUCUAUGGACAACGUAUACACUCUGCAAAAGUAUUUUGGUACGGAAUGUUUCAAAUAUCCUUCAAUUUUAUUCCAAAAGAUUUGUGCAAAAAGAGGAAAGAAUAAGAUUUUCCUAUACAGAUUCACCUGCAAAUCUGAAUUGAAUGUUUUUAAACAUUUACUGGGGGCCGCUGAUAUUGUUGGAGAUAGAACUGUAGCCUGUCAUGCUGAUGAACUACCUUACAUAUUUCCUAUCAAGUUUUUUACUGCAAAUAACCCAAAUAUAGAUAUCUCACGAGUCUUCAAUUUGAUAAAUCAAGUAACAAAACUUUGGACAAAUUUUGCUAAAUACGGUAACCCAACACCCGAUGAAAGUCUCGGAGUCAUUUGGAAACCAUACUCUUUAGAAGGCCAAGACUUUUUAGACAUCGGUACUAAUUUAGUAGCUGAUACUGCAUCGGACAGGGAUGAAAUGGAAUUCUGGGAACGUAUCUUCAAGAAGUAUUGCCCCAAGUUUGCUCCAUGAAAUAACAAAUGAUGGUUUUUGAACAUUUUUUUAAAAUUCAGGGUGUUUUCUACAGACAGUAUUAUAGUCAAA